AUGGAACAGACGUGUGAAGAUAUAGACCAAAUGUUCAGCAAUUUGCUGGGAGAAAUGGACCUGUUGACCCAGAGUUUAGGGGUUGAAACUCUUCCACCUCCUAUGCCUGACCCACCCCAUACUGAAUUUAACUACAGUGUUGGUUUUAAAGAUUUAAAUGAAUCAUUAAAUGCACUGGAGGACAAUGACUUAGAUGCUCUAAUGGCUGACCUUGUAGCAGAUAUAAGUGAGGCAGAGCAGAGAACCAUCCAGGCCCAAAAACAAGCUUCUCAGCACCAACCGAACACAGCAUCUCAGUCGUCAUCAUUCCUGGGCAAUGGAGCUUCCCUUGGUUAUAAGGCAAACUUUACCAGCACGGGUAUUAGCCUUUAUGAGGAUGAAUUGCCUCCCCCACCUGCUGACCCUGUAUUAGACCUUCCACCCCCUCCACCUCCUCCUCCUGAACCUCUCACUCAGGAAGAAGAAGAAGCACAGGCCAAAGCUGAUAAAAUCAAGCUCGCCUUGGAAAAACUGAAGGAGGCCAAGGUUAAAAAGCUUGUCGUCAAGGUACACAUGAAUGACAACAGCACUAAGUCACUGAUGGUGGAUGAGCGGCAGCUAGCACGAGAUGUUCUGGACAACCUCUUUGAGAAGACCCACUUCGAUUACAACUUGGAUUGGUGUCUUUAUGAAAUAUACCCAGAACUACAAAUCGAGAGGAUUUUUGAAGACCAUGAAAAUGUCGUUGAAAUCUUAUCAAACUGGACAAGGGAUACUGAAAAUAAGCUAUUAUUUUUGGAGAAAGAUGAAAAAUAUGCUGUAUUUAAAAACCCUCAGAAUUUCUACUUGGCUAAUAAAGGGAAAAAAGAAGGCAAGGAAACGAAUGAGAAAAUGAAUGCAAAGAAUAAGGAAUUUUUACUAGAGGAAAGUUUCUGCGGGACAUCUGUCAUUGUGCCUGAAAUUGAAGGAGCUCUUUAUUUGAAAGAAGAUGGAAAGAAAUCCUGGAAAAGACGCUAUUUUCUUUUACGGGCUUCUGGAAUUUAUUAUGUCCCCAAAGGGAAGACUAAGACAUCACGGGAUUUGGCUUGCUUCAUUCAGUUUGAAAAUGUAAAUAUUUACUACGGAACACAGUACAGAAUGAAAUAUAAAGCUCCAACUGACCACUGCUUUGUACUAAAGCACCCCCAGAUUCAGAAGGAGUCACAAUAUAUCAAGCAUCUGUGCUGUGAUGAUGCAAGAGCUCUAAAUCAGUGGGUCACUGGAAUAAGAAUUGCCAAGUAUGGAAAGACUCUCUAUGACAACUAUCAGAAAGCAUUGUCAAGAGCCGGACUUGCCUCUCGGUGGUCUAGCCUGGGGACCGUGGACCCGGCCGCUGCAGCUCAGACCCCUUCCAAAGGGCAUACAGUAAGCACUGUACAACCUAAUGGACAGAUUUCCCAGCCUACACACUCAGUUAGUAGAAUUUUCCAAGAGGCUCAGAGUCAUGUUGAAGCCACAAAGGACAAGAAGCCAGCCAUUAGUAGCUAUGAUGCACCAGCACCUCCAGCCAAUAAUCUGAAGAAAUCCCACCUGCCACCACCACCACCACAGCGUCGGUCUUCUGAUGUGAAUUCCGUGUCUCUGAUGUCCCCCAAACCCAUUAUGAUACCCUCCAAACCAUCUCCUCAAGAUGAUUUUCCUUUACCACCACCUAUGGGAGAGGCUGAGCUCCCCCCACCGCCACCAGAUUGUAACGAAGAACCUCCCAAUUUUGUGCCUCCCCCACCUCCUACAGUUUCUAGUGCUGAUGACUUUCCAUUGCCACCACCUCCUCCACCUCCACCAUUCCAAUCCACAGAACCCAGUAAACCUCCCCCAGCCAUCACUAAAAAGCCUCCAAUGCCUCCUAAAAGGCUAGAGAAUCCAGGACCAGCCCCUGGGGGUGCAAGUGGGGAACAAGAUUUUAUGUCUGAUCUGAUGAAAGCUCUGCAAAAGAAAAGAGGCAACCUAUCCUGAACUUUUUGUUUGUUUCCUGGAAGACAAACAUGACAAAAUAUUCUACCUAAAUAAGUAUACCUUUUUCUGAUUGUGUAUUUUAAUUGUUGUAUUCUUGAGACAAUCAGUGAUUGUCAAUAUAUAAAAUAUUGACUUCAAAGCAGAAAUGAUAUUUUCAGUCAUUAACCUUUUAGAACUGAUUUACUGACUUGUGACUAAACAUACAUCUUUUCUCAUCUUUGCACUUCAACUGAACCAUAAUUAUGUUAUGUGUCUCUUUCAUCUUAUAAUAAAAGAAUUACAUAAAAUGUAACAUGUUAUAUACAAGGUAGUAGGUGGAGGCGGAUCUUAGCCCCGUAUGAGAACUUUCUAAGAGAGCUUUCCAAUAAUGGAGUAAGCUGCCUUGUGACAUACUGUAUGUCUAGUAACUGAGGCCAUACAUAUGGCCAAAGCCGGGGAUGCUAUAAAGGGACUACAUUUAUUGGGUGGGAAGGUAAACAGAAUACCUUCAAGAGCCCUCCAAAUCAUAAUAGUCUAUAACUCUGUAUUUAAAAGCUAAAAGGAAAAUGUUUUCCCUUUGUGUUUCUCAGAUCUAAUAGAUGAAAAGGCAGCACAGUGUACUGGGCAUAAAGCUGAUCUUGGAGUCACAGAAUUUUAGAGUUGGUUGUCUUCGGUGUCCACACAGUCCAUCUAAUUCAACUAGCUGUAUAGCCAAGAGCAAACCUCUUAACUUCCCAGAAUCCCAGAAAACUCUAAAACUAUAAAUUACAGAUAAAUUGAGCCUGUCUUACUAGAGGGAGUUAAUACACCAUUGCAGACAACUUAGUCCAGACCAAAAAGUGGGGUGGGGAGAAGGAAAACUGAACACAAAAUAUUUUAUAAUAUAAUCUACCUUUUAAAAUAAUUUUAAAAUAGUUAUUAAUUCUGGUUACAUUUCUCAGUGUUAUCACCAGCUCUUAACAAUGCAUUUCCCCAUAGCAUAUACACCAGUUUCACAAUAUUCCUAGGAAAACAAAAGGAAAAGAAAUUUAAAAGGCAGUUUAUUCACUUUAUUUUUAGUUGACUGCCUAUUUCAUUUUAGGAUGCACUAUGCGUGUCCUUGGUUUUUUCAUGUAUGAAUAACACAAAAGAGAUUUGAAUUUGUAAAUUAAGCAUCACUAAAGUAUUCUAACUCAAAAUUUUUCAAACCUAAGAAAGAUGAUUAUGCCUCCAUUUUGGUAUAUGAAAAAUGAAGCUUAGAAGAUAAGCUUAAUUUCAUUUUACUUACAAAGAAAACAUAUAGGACCUAAGUAGUUUUUUUUGUAAUAUGAAUGAAAGAUUUUCAGGCUUGUCAGUUUUAAACCUAGAUAUUAAUUUAAAUGUUAUCAGUUUGUCUUUAUAAAAUGCAGUUGAGGGAAAUAUGAUUACAUUUCAAUAUUUUUAUUAGAUUAUAAUUUAUGAGGUCUUAUUGGUUAUUUUAUGAACAUGUGUUAGCACAAGGACAAAGAAUAACUAAUAUAUAUACAAAAUUCCUCUUUAAAUACUGUAAGAAAUUAUCAGUUAUCAACAUCUGAUUCUGGGAGGACCACAGACAUCCAAGCUAAUUAAAAUGUGUGAUUUCCCAGCAAAUAGUGAAAUAAAUCUCAGGAAAUCAUUUUCCCUGAUACUUGACCCAAAUGCAGUGAAGAAGGGCAGGUACCCAUGGCAUCUCCCUUCUUUACCUGUUAGUCAUAGACCCCGUAGGCUCAGGGAUCCAUUUCCUUGCAAGGCCCCAGAGGCAGCAGAGUUUAGUGGAAAGACUAGGACAUUCAGAGUCAGAAGAUCUAAGUUUAAAUUGUGGUUGUCCUACUUUUAGUACCUUUGUGAGCCUCAGUUUUGUCAUCAUAAUUAGCAGGUCAAACUACAUUAUUCCUGAGGUCCUUUCUAGCAUAAAAUUAUAUCUUACUUUAACACAUAUGAUAAAUUGGAUUAGUUCCUGGGCUGCCUUUGUGGUCUAGGUUUGUUUCCAAGCAAGUCUAAGAGCCCUGUCAAUUCGCACUCCCUAAGAUCACCUAGACCCUUAUGGGACUGAGCCAGACUGGGCUUCUCAGAUUAGCCUGAGGAAAGAGCACAAGUUGGUUCUUUUUUUUCCUGAAUUCUUCUCAGAUUUGUUGUUGUUGUUGUUCCUCGGGCAUUAGACCAACUUUUUGUUGUUUUCUGAUAUAAUUACUGAAAGUAAAAACUGUACAACUGAAUGCCUCCAAGGUGGCGAAUGAAUCUCCACCCUCUUCUGUCAGCUCCCUCCCAGUUGGCUGUCACAACUCAGUGGUUCAGCCCCAACCCUCUUUACUGCAGAUUCUCUGUUGUCCCUCUGUGACCUAAGGGGGAAAGAGAUAUAUCCUUCUCAUUAAAUCUGGAGGCUAACUUUUAUGUAUAAUUCUAAAUUCCCAGACGGCUUGGAAAUGAGACCUAAAAUUCCCUCUAAAGGCCCUCUUUACUUACUUCCACAUUCAUGACUAUUCUGAAUCGAGACUGUUAACAACUCUACCACUGGAUAAGUUUAUAGAUUACUAUAAAAAUGUAAAUGCUAUAAAAUUUUUGUUUUUAGAGUUCUGUGAAUAAUUUUAUAUAUGUACAUAAAUGUAUGAAUUUAAAAGGGCCCCAAAGCGGAACCUAAUGUUGUCUUUUUGACUCUUAACCAAGAAAAAAUAUUUUUUCUAUUAAAAAAUAUGCUUAUCUAA